UCCCCCUUGCUCUCCCGUUCCCCGCACACUGGGCCCCGCCACGGUGAAGUGUGCGUGUGCAAUAAUCUGUUGUAGUAGGCGUGGGAACAGGCUAGUUGCAGGUGCAGGAUGGCCAAAGUGCAUAUUGUGAACGUGGUGGUGCUGGACAAUCCCUCGCCGUUCUUUAAUCCCUUCCAAUUUGAAAUUACAUUCGAAUGUGUGGAGGACCUGCAGGAGGACCUGGAAUGGAAGAUCAUCUAUGUAGGGAGUGCAGAGAGUGAGAACUAUGACCAGACACUGGACACUGUGUAUGUCGGACCUGUUCCCGAGGGAAAGCACAUGUUUGUAUUUCAGGCUGACCCUCCUGAUGAAACAAAGAUCCCUGUAGGGGAUGCAGUAGGAGUGACAGUGGUUCUCCUCACGUGUGGCUACAAAGGUCAAGAAUUUGUACGUGUUGGGUACUAUGUCAACAAUUCAUACACAGAUCCAGAACUUCAGGAAAAUCCUCCGGACACGCCUCAGUUUGAUAAGCUACAAAGGAACAUUCUAGGAACUCAACCUCGUGUUACCAAAUUUAAGAUUGAUUGGGAUGAUGCAAAGGACCCUGAAAAUAUUCCUCCUUCAGAAAAUGGAGAAGGAGCAACAUCUUCCUCCCAGAAUGCAAUGGAUAUGAAGGCAACUCUAGCGACAGAGAGCAGUAAUAGUGCAUGUGCAAUGGAAGUUGCGUGAGCUGCAGCAGCCUGUGAAAUUAUUUUCUUCGUGCAAAUGUGGACGAUAAAAUUUCAUAGUGUAAGGUACCUGUGAAUAUUUGUAUUGUUUUGAAAUUUAUAUAUAGUGAAUUAUUUAAAUAUAUUUUCUUAUUUUAUUUUGUGAAACAGUUUAACACUCAAUAUCUUCAGGAGUUUUAAUAUACAAGUAAUAUCACCAUCAACUUAUUUUUCAUUGCGUGCAUGUGCAUUGCUCUGUGAUGGUGUUCAUUUUCCGUUUAAUUAGUGAAUGUAAACUGUUUGGGUAGUUCCGGCACACGACCAACAAAAACAGUAAUUUUCAUCAUAGGCAACCAAAGGAGUUGACAUACUUCGGUCUUCGUGUUGGAGGGAUGUAAGUAACACUCACUGAAGUCUUUUUUUUUUUUUUUUUUUUUUUAUUUAUUUAUUUAUUUAUUUUUUUUUUUUUUUCUUUUCUUCCCAUGCUAGCAUUACAAGCUAACAGUGCUCUGAACCUCACCAGGGAAUAGUAAUGUUAAAUCUUAUUUCUUCUGUAGCUGUUGGUGUGCUAGUCUUUUCUAAUGGAAUUAUUCUGAUGUAUAUUGAUUUACUUUAUAAAUAAAUGAAAGAUUUUU